AUGCUUAGCAAAAGAAUGGGUGAGUCGUUCAAGAAGCCCCUGAAAAAAGGUCUGAAAUGCUUCAGGCACGUCGAAUGCUCACUACAAUCUCGGAAGAUGUCUCUCUAUUAUCCAUUUCCUUUGCGGAUUCUUCAUUCUUGUCAGUCUUUUCCACGUCAUUCCGUUCCUUUUCAUAGUGGUUUUCAGAUGACGGGCGUCGGUUCCAAUUACCUUUCCCACGACCCGCUUUCCAUGAGUUUCGCAUUCAUUUUCAUUCUGAAUUCACUAAUCUGCUGUGUCACUACAAGGUACUUCCAGACUAGCCGGAAAUUAAAACUCUCCCCCGUUUUCCAGAAACUUUGACCCGAUUUGUCUGCGAAUGUGUGUAUUUCUGUCGUUCCUGAUGACCUUCGCUUCCGGAUAUCUCGUCUACCAACACGCCAGUCAGGUGCCGUCCCCCUUCUUCCGAAUCACUCUUCAAUUUUCAUUCAGACGGAGCAAGUUUGCCUUCGGAAAUGCGUCCGCACGGAGGACUACUUCCACACCCAACUGGCGCUCAUCUGUGGUCUCCAAGGUAGUCGUCCCCCAACGGACCACUCCAAUCCGUCAUUUUCAGUGCUCAACUGUGUCAUUUCCGUGAUUUAUUCUGUUUUGUGUCUGCAAAAGUCCCCGAAGAGCCAGUCUUAUGACCGUGUGAAAGCUGAGCCCGAAGAGCUGCCAGCCACGAUUUGA